UUACUACGGCGAAAGUUGGCGAAAAACAUGAAAAGUUAUCGAAUUGUUGAGAUACUUUUGAAGUAUGUAUAUUAAUUUCAUUCAUAACUAAAUCAAAUCGUCUAAAAAUAGCACAAAAUGAGCCUAAAUUACGUCUUCGCGUUUUUUUUUUCUUUCAAAGGUUAAUUAUAGAAUUUGAUUGCACUUUGUAAAGUCAACACACACAGGGCGCUAAAAAUAACCGGUUUGUUUUUCCCAAAAACGUAUCGUUUCGGAAUUCUGUGUCUGAAAGCGGAAAUUCGCCAAGUUUUGGCUCGUUGACGGCUUUGCCGAAUGUUUACCGAUACAAAAAUUGCGGCACUUGCGUAGCCACACGCCAGAUCCUGCCAAAAAUUCUACGUCUACGUGCUCCACGUUUCCAAUUCAUUUUUAAAAGCGGAAUUAUUUAGUUUUGUUGUUGCCGCUGCGGCUUCGCGCACAUUUCGCCGUCGCCGUCCGCAAAUAAUAGAAAUACCUAAAAACGUAUUCGUGUCGUAGACGCCACCGCCGCCGCCGCGGACCACCGCACUGACAAUGUCCGUUCGCGUGGCUCGCCGCGUAAAUAAUCGAAGAGCCGAUAAAUAAAAUCGAAAUCGACAAACAAAUAAUACGUAAUUACGUAACGUCGCGGCGUCGCUCGUGACGUCCGCGUGCAGUGUGUGUCCACGAAGUCAACGGGAAAAGUAUUCGCGGCGCGACUUGAUUCGGUGCCAGGAAAACUAUUUUUCAAAAAAAAAACCGUUUUGCAAUCAAUUCGGUGUGCGAGUUUUGUGCGAUGCGAGGACGAUAGCACUACAAUCAUGGAUCUGGUCACUGAAAUCGAAUCGAAAUCCAAUCACUUGCUCUUCAUUAUUCAUCGGAUGUUUGUUAAUUUGAGCGCGGACGUUGGUAACACGAUGAGUGCCAGUGAGCAGUUUUGUCCUGCGGAUUCAAAUGCUAUUUUAACAAACACCACAAGCAAUUCUUCGGCGGUGGAGGUACUUUUUGACUACGAUAAGAUGCACGAUUAUUUCCUCAUCUUUUUUUCGACGUUCGUGCUGCAUUUCAUUGUUAAUUUCGUGUUGGAAACCGUGCGGAAUUACAAAGUGCGCAGGGAGAAACCUGCUGUCAAUGGGCAGUCAUCAAUCGUUGCUAAUCAGGUGGAAAAUGUCGAAAUUGUUAGGCAACCAACUCCGAGACCUAGAAUACCUAAAGUAAAAUCAGGUUCUGCGCCUAAACUUAAAUAUUUAUACCUAAAAAAUGCAAGUAGAGGUAAACCACCCAGCGAGUACACCGAAGAAGAUUUACGUGUGAUGCCAUCCGAUCAAAAUGGCUCCCAAGAAAAUGUCUUCGAGUACCGCACCGGCGGUUACAAACCAACCGCGAUCGGUGAGGAGCUGGGCGAUUAUACUGUGAUCAGAAAACUGGGUUUCGGCCACUUCUCCACCGUGUGGCUGUGUUCGCACAAACUCGAGCGCGAAAAGUACGUCGCUGUGAAAGUGGUGAAGUCAGUGCACAUGUGCGCGAAUAUGGCGCGCGAGGAAAUCAAGCUGUUGAAUCAGCUCGUCAACAUCGAGCCGAAGCACGAAGGCCGGAAGUACAUCAUCGAAAUGAUGGACUACUAUCAUGUGAACAGCGUCAACGGCAAGCACAUUUGCAUUGCCUUCGAGCUGAUGGGCCCCUCGCUGCUGCAUCUCAUCACGCAGAGUCAGUAUCAGGGUAUCUACGAGGGGGCCGUUAAAAGUAUUAUCAGACAAGUUCUUAUGGGAUUGACAUAUCUGCACGACAAGUGCAAAGUGAUUCACACUGAUCUGAAGCCGGAGAAUAUCCUUAUUAAGGUAAACGAUGCCUACAUCAAGAAUAUGGUGGAUAAAGCAACGAGAUACAAUGAAUUAGGCAUACCUAUGCCACGAAGUUACAUUACUUCAGAAUGUUACGAAAGUCAGUCUUUUGAAUCACACGUGACUAAUAGCUACGUUUCGCCUGAAUACGAUGGUGAUCACGUUGUGAGAAGUUCAUCUUUUCCGAGAUUAUCGGAUUUAACAACGAUUGAGACCGAAGUGCAUCAUGGCCGCCGUGGACAUAGCAAAAAAGAACUCUAUGUGAGUCCGAAGAUAGAAGUAAAGAUCGCCGAUAUGGGAAAUGCCUGUUGGACCAACGAUAAAAUUCAAGGCACCAUUCAAACGAAACAGUAUCGAGCAUUAGAGGUGCUUCUCGACAGCGACUACGACUUACCCGCCGACAUUUGGUCAGUGGGAUGCAUCGCCUUUGAGCUCUCCACCGGAGAGUUUUUGUUUAAUCCGCGCAACACUCAAAACUAUUCCGCCUCCGAAGAUCACAUCCUGCUGAUUUACGAGCUGCUGGGUGGUAUUCCUUCGUAUAUUUCCAGUCGGGGACGAAAAUCUAGUCGGUAUUUUGAUAGUACAGGUAAUUUAAAAAUCUGCCCGCUGCAAUUACUGCACAUAUGGAAAACCGAAGACGUUCUGGUUGAGAAAUACGACUGGAAACGUGUGGAUGCAAUUCCAUUCGCCUCGAUGAUCAACGCCAUGAUUGAACCGGAUCCUGAGCUGCGCGUCACCGCCGAAAACGCGCUGCAGAUGCAAUGGCUCAAGGAGGCGUCAACUCAUUCAGUCCUAGUUUAAGGACGGCUGCGCGCAAAACAAACAAGAUAAUAACAAAAUAUACACUUGUAGUUCAUAACGUUUUACGAUACAUUUUGAGCGAAAAACCAACUAAAACAAUCAACAACUAUAAACAUGGCGUCGUUACCACAAUUAUUACUAAGAUUUUUCUUCGUAGCAUCAGAUUCUCGUUCGUCAACAUACGCAACUAAAGUGAAACAGGGGCCAAAACUAGACGAUCAUCAUCACCACCACCUAAAACAGAGAAGAAUUCAAAACAUAGGCCUAUUGGUGACUUACUGAACUGCUGCCAUUUUAUUUAAAUUCUAAACAAUUACCAGAAUCUCGGUACGCAAUGUGACAUCGCGCAAAAUUCAAAAUGGUGGAUCUACCAACUCUCUAAACAAGUCUAAAAACAAGUAGUCUUAGCAAUUGUUAAAUUACCUAUUGAUAAACCAACAAUUUUACCAAAGAAUCGACGACGUUAAAUACACAAACAAAUAACAACUUGAUGUAGUGAUAAGUGAUAAGCAAGAAAAUGUUCAUACACAUAUAUAAAUAAUAUAUUAAGGUUUGUAUUCAUA